AUGGGUAGAAAGAAUAACACACAGGUGCCUGACUUCAUCCUUCUGGGGUUGGCAGAUUCUGAAGAGGUCCAGCGAGUCCUCUUCGUGCUGUUUCUGCUCAUAUACCUGGUUACCAUGCUGGGCAAUGCAGGGAUGAUAGUGAUAAUCCGCCUGGAUCUCCAGCUGCACACCCCCAUGUACUUUUUCCUCAGUCACCUCUCAUUUCUGGACCUUAAUUACUCAACUGUCAUCCUACCGAAAACCUUAGAGAACUUACUGACCUCCACCAAGUAUAUUUCCUAUGUGAGCUGCUUCACCCAGAUGUACUUUUUCGUUUUCUUGGGGGCCACAGAAUGUUUCCUUCUCUCCUCCAUGGCCUAUGAUCGCUAUGUUGCUAUCUGCAAUCCUCUGCACUACCCAGUGGUUAUGUCCACGAGAUUCUGUGGUUCCCUCAUCUUUGCGUCCUAUUCGAUUGGCUUUGCGGACUCCUUUGUUAACGUGCUUUGCAUGAGCAGAUUGCAUUUCUGUGACUCCAAUGUAAUCCAUCACUUUUUCUGUGACACAUCCCCAGUUUUAGCCCUGUCUUGCACGGACACAAAUGACAUAGAAAUCAUGAUAUUUAUUGUCGCUGGCUCCACCCUAAUGGUGUCUCUUAUCACGAUAUCUGUAUCCUAUGUGUCCAUUCUGUCGACUAUCCUGAAAAUUACUUCCACGUCAGGAAAGCGAAGAGCCUUCUCUACGUGUGCCUCUCAUCUCCUAGGAGUCACUAUCUUUUACGGCACUAUGAUUUUUACUUAUUUAAAGCCAAGUAGUUCUUACUCCUUGGGAAAGGAUCAAGUGGCUUCUGUUUUUUACACUAUUGUGAUCCCCAUGCUGAAUCCACUCAUUUAUAGCCUUAGGAACAAAGAAGUGAAAAAUGCUUUCAUUAGAGUCAUGCAAAAGGGAGAGGGCUCUGGGCACUUGAAACAAGCAAUGCUAAACUUUUAA